GCACUCUAUUGCAUUCAUGGACGAAGCCGGCUCUUCUUCUUCUUUCUCCUCCGGUUCGUGGACUUACCAUGUGUUCUUGAGCUUCAGAGGCGAGGACACGCGCAAGCAAUUCUCCGACCAUCUAUUCAAUGCUCUCGAUGAUGCAGGGAUCAACACAUUCCGGGAUGACAAGCUUAAAAGAGGAACAGAAAUCUCGUCUGAUCUCGUGCGAUCUAUCCAAAAAUCCAGGAUAGCACUGAUAGUCUUCUCACCUGGUUAUGCGACUUCUGGAUGGUGUCUUGAGGAACUUGUAAACAUAAUGAAAUGUAGGAAAACUGUGCGACAAAUGGCUAUGCCUAUAUUCUACAAGGUGGAUCGUUCUGAUGUGAAGGAGCAGAGAGGGAGUUUUGCGGAAGCAUUUGCAGAUUACGAAGAGCGUUUCGUAUCAGAGAUGGACAAGGUAGCUAGGUGGAGAGCAGCUCUCACUGAAGCAGCAGAUUUGCCUGGUUGGGACUUUAGAAAGGAUCAUAACGGGCAUGAAGCAAAGUUUAUCAGGGGAAUUGUUGAAAAAGUUUUGGUAGAAUUGGACCCCACUCGCUUAUUGGUAGCCGAAAAUCAUGUCGGAUUGGAUUCUCGUCUAGAAGAUAUGAGGAAGUUGUUAGAUAGGGGAUCAAAUGAUGUUCGCGUUGUAGGAAUCUACGGUAUGGGUGGAAUUGGGAAAACGACCCUUGCCAAAUUUUUGUACAAUAAAAUUUGUCAUCACUUCGAAGGAAAAAGUUUUCUAGCUGAUGUAAGAACAAAUUCUAAGCGACCUGAUGGCCUUGUUCUAUUACAAAAACAACUUCUCUCUGAUAUUUUAAAGAUAGGUGAGAUGAUGUUGAGUACUAAGGAUAUGGGUAUUAGUGUUAUCAAAGAAAGACUGUCUAAUAUAAAGGUUCUAAUUGUUCUCGAUGAUGUAGAUCACUUCGAUCAAGUUCACGCACUAGCCAGAAAGGGUAAUUGGUUUGGUCUUGGGAGCAGGAUAAUAAUAACUACUAGAGAUCGACAUUUGCUUGAGAAGCUUGAAUCGGAUGGUGUAUAUAGGGUUGAACUGUUGAAUGAGACAGAGUCUCUUGAGCUUUUUAGCUGGCAUGCUUUUGGGAACGCACAUCCAGCUGAAGACUAUGUCCAGGUCUCUAAAACUGUUGUUGCUUUGUCAGGUAGAUUGCCUUUAGCUCUUAAAGUUUUUGGUUCUUAUCUCUCUGAAAUAGACACAAAAGAAUGGAGAAGUGUGCUGGAGUCGAAGACAAUUCCUCAUGAUGACAUUUGGAAAGAACUAAGGAUAAGCUAUGAUGCACUAAGUGAUGAUCAUGAGAAAGAUAUAUUCCUAGACAUUGCUUGCUAUUUUAUUGGCAUGGACAAAGAUUAUGUUGUUAAAAUACUGGAUGGUUGUGGGCCUUGUGGCUUCUUUGCUGAAAUUGGAAUCAGUGUUCUCACUCGUAGAUGCCUUGUAACAAUUAAUGAAAAGAACAAAUUGAUGAUGCAUGAUUUGCUCCGAGACAUGGGGAGAGAAAUUGUUCGCAAAGAAUCUCCAAGGUUCCCUGGAGGACGUAGUAGAUUAUGGAAACAUGAGGAGGUGUUUGGUGCACUAAGAAACCACACAGGUACAGAGGUUGUUGAGGGACUCAUGCUCAAUAUGCCUAGUCCAAAUGUGGCACAGUGUAGUGCUGAAGCUUUUGCCAAGAUGACCAAACUUAGAUUACUCCUUGUCAGUUCUGUAUGUGUAACCGGAAGCUAUAGUCAAAUUUCAAAGGAGCUAAGAUGGCUUUACUGGUCUAAAUUUUCUUUGAAGUCAAUACCAGCUGAUUUUCAUAUGGACAACCUGAUUGUUCUUGACAUGCAAUAUAGCAGCCUUAGGCAGGUUUGGAAGGACAAUAAGCAGGUUCUUGGGAGGUUGAGAAUUCUUAACCUGAGUCAUUCUCCUUAUCUGGCAAAAACUCCAGACUUCUUGAAACUUCCCAAUCUUGAGAAAUUGAUUCUUAAAGACUGCAGAAGUUUGGCAGAGCUUCACCAAUCUAUAGGAUCUCUAAAUAGAUUGAUUCUUGUAAAUGUCAAAGGCUGUAAAAGCCUCAAGAGUAUUCCAGUGAGCAUUUGCAGGUUGAAGUCUCUUGAAAUUUUGAAUCUCUCUGGCUGCUCGAAGAUCAGCGAAUUUCCAGAGGACAUUGGGGAGAUUGAAUCGUUAAGAGAACUUAUUGCAGAUGGAACAACUAUAACAAAAAUUCCGAUUUCUUUGGUUUCCUUGAAGAAUCUGAGGAAAUUCUCUCUUUGUCUAUGUAAAAGAACUGCUUCUAGCGAGUGGCCUUCUCUUAUUAAGUCUUGGGGAUCGUUGUUUAUUCCCAACCACCCUGUGUUACUGCCAGCAUCAUUAGCAGGGUUAAGCUCCCUAACCACACUUUGUCUAAGACUUAUUAAGUCUUGGGGAUCAUUGUUUAUUCCCAACCACCCUGUGUUACUGCCAGCAUCAUUAGCAGGGUUAAGCUCCCUAACCACACUUUGUCUAAGAGACUGCAAUCUCUCAGAUGAUAAUAUCCCAGAAGAUAUUGGUAAAUUAUCACAAUUGAUUGUGUUAGACCUCAGAGGCAAUGACUUCUGCCGCUUACCAGAAAGUGUCACUAGGUUCCUUCCAGUGGAUAAGUGUACAAGGCUUCAAUCACUCCCUGAGCUCCCGAAGAGUUUAGUUGAAUUGUCCGCGACUGAUUGCACAUCGCUGAAAAGAAUAUCCAUUGUGUCCGAACUUGAACAGCAGCCAACUUUAUUCCUUACUAAUUGCCACAAUCUACUUGAGAUUCUUGGCUUGGAAAUUUUGAACCUCAGUGGACGUAUACAUAUGGAAGGUUGCAACAAUCUAAAGGAGGCUUUUAAGGAGUCUCUCUUACAGGGCUGUUGUCGAGGUGAAAAUUGUUCUGUUUUUCUACCAGGGAAAGAGAUCCCAAGCUGGUUUAGCCAUCAGAGUGAGGGUCCUUCACUGUCAUUUGAAGUGCCUUCUAUUCCACCCUACAAGUGUAAACGAUUCACCAUUGGCGUUGUGUUUGCACAUAACGUGGAGAAGAAUGAGUCCAGACUUUCAUCCUUAGUUACCUUAGUUGAUAAAACGACAGGCCUUGACUUCACCUUUAGGCCACUUGCCUCUGCCAUUCCAUCUAUUCCUCAAGACCACAUUUCCUUGUUUCAGUUGCCAUCAAAUGUUUGGAAUCAAUUGAAUGAUGGUGAUCAAGUAGAGAUGGUGUUGGAUUUAGGUGAUGGGUUUAUUGUGAAGAAGUGUGGGCUUCACCUUGUAUUUGAGCAGGACGAAAGCAGGGUUACCCAACUCAGUUUUACUUCUUGUGAUUUUCCAGAUAAGAGAAGCCAUGAAGAUGUUGGACGCAGCAAUGGUUGGUGCAGUGGGGAUCAAAAUAAAAGAUCGAGACAUCAGACAGCGUCUGUUGCGUCGAUGGACGAAGCUGGCUCUUCUUCUUCCUCCUCUGGUUCGUGGACUUACGAUGUGUUCUUGAGCUUCAGAGGCGAGGACACGCGCAAGCAAUUCACCGACCAUCUCUACUAUGCUCUUAAAGAUGCAGGGAUCAACACCUUCCGGGAUGACGAGGAGCUUAGGAGAGGAAAAGAUAUUGCGGCUGAUCUCGUGCAAUCUAUUCAGAAAUCCAGGAUAGCACUGAUAGUGUUUUCAACUGAUUAUGCGGCUUCUGGAUGGUGUAUUGAGGAACUUGUAAACAUAAUGAAAUGUAGGAAGACUCUGCAACAAAUGGUUAUGCCUAUAUUCUACAAGGUGGAUCGUUCUGAUGUGAAGGAGCAGAGAGGGAGUUUUGCGCAAGCAUUUGCACAUCAUGAAAAGCGUUUUGCAUCAGAGAUGGACAAGGUAGCCAGGUGGAGAGCCGCUCUCACUGAAGCAGCAGAUUUGCCUGGUUGGGACUUGAGAAACUAUCAUGACGGGCAUGAAGGAAAGUUCAUCAGGGAAAUUGUUGAAAAAGUUUUGGUAGAAUUGAACCACAGUCACUUAUUCGUAGCCAAAAAUCCUAUCGGAUUGGAUUCUCGUCUACAAGAUAUGAAGUUGCUAUUAGAUUUGGGAUCAAAAGAUGUUCGCAUUGUAGGAAUCUGCGGUAUGGGUGGAAGUGGGAAAACGACCCUUGCGAAAUUUUUGUACAAUAAAAUUUUCUCUCUCUUUGAAGGAAAAAGUUUUCUAGCUGAUGUAAGAGAAACUUCCAAGCUACCAAAUGGCCUUGUUCAAUUACAAAAACAACUUCUCUCUGAUAUUUUAAAGAGAGGUGAGAUGAUGUUGAGUACUAAGGAUUUGGGUAUUAGUGUUAUCAAAGAAAGGCUGUCUAAUAUAAGGGCUCUAAUUGUUCUCGAUGAUGUAGAUCACUUAGAUCAAAUUGAAGCACUACUAGGCAGAAAAGGUAAUUGGUUUGGUAUAGGGACCAGGAUAAUAAUAACUACUAGAGAUCAACAUUUGCUUGGGGAGCAUCAAUUGGAUGGUGUAUAUAUGGUUGAACUGUUGAAUGAGACAGAGUCCCUUGAGCUUUUUAGCUGGCAUGCUUUUGGGAACGCACAUCCAGCUGAAGACUAUGUCCAGGUCUCUAAAACUGUUGUUGCUUUGUCAGGCAGAUUGCCUUUAGCUCUUACAGUUUUGGGUUCUUAUCUCUCUGAAAUAGACACAAAAGAAUGGAGAAGUGUUCUGGAGGAGUUGAAGACUAUUGGUCAUGAUGACAUUUGGAAAAAACUAAGGAUAAGUUAUGAUGCACUAAGUGAUGGUCAUGAGAAAGAUAUAUUUUUAGACAUUGCUUGCUAUUUUAUUGGCAUGGACAAAGAUUAUGUUGUUAAAAUACUGGACGGUUGUGGCUUAUUUGCUGAAAUUGGAAUCAGUGUUCUCACUUGUAGGUGCCUUGUAACAAUUAAUGAAAAGAACAAAUUGAUGAUGCAUGAUUUGCUUCGAGACAUGGGGAGAGAAAUUGUUCGCAAAGAAUCUCCAAGGUUCCCUGGAGGACGUAGUAGAUUAUGGCAACAUGAGGAGGUGUUUGGUGCACUAAGAAACCAUACAGGUACAGAGGCUGUUGAGGGACUCAUGCUCAAUAUGCCUAGUCCAAGUGUGGCACAUUGUAGUGCUGAAGCUUUUGCCAAGAUGACCAAACUUAGAUUACUCCUUGUCAGUUCUGUAUGUGUAACCGGAAGCUAUAGUCAAAUUUCAAAGGAGCUAAGAUGGCUUUACUGGUCUAAAUUUUCUUUGAAGUCAAUACCAGCUGAUUUUCAUAUGGACAACCUGAUUGUUCUUGACAUGCAAUAUAGCAGCCUUAGGCAGGUUUGGAAGGACAAUAAGGUUCUUGGGAGUUUGAGAAUUCUUAACCUGAGUCAUUCUCCUUAUCUGGCAACAACUCCAGACUUCUUGAAACUUCCUAAUCUUGAGAAAUUGAUUCUUAAAGACUGCAGAAGUUUGGCAGAGCUUCACCAAUCUAUUGGAUCUCUAAAUAGAUUGAUUCUUGUAAAUGUCAAAGGCUGUAAAAGCCUCAAGAGUAUUCCAGUGAGCGUUUGCAGGUUGAAGUCUCUUGAAAUUUUGAAUCUCUCGGGCUGCUCAAAGAUCAAUGAAUUUCCGGAGGACAUUGGGGAGAUUGAAUCGUUAAGAGAACUUAUUGCAGAUGGAACAAUGAUAAGGAAAAUUCCAAUUUCUAUUGUUUCCUUGAAGAAUCUGAGGAAAUUCUCUCUUUGUCUAUGUAAAAGAACCGCUUCUAGCGAGUGGCCUUCUCUUAUUAAGUCUUGGGUAUCAUCAUUUAUUCCCAACCACCCUGUGUUACUGCCAGCAUCAUUAGCAGGGUUAAGCUCCCUAACCACACUUUGUCUAAGAGAAUGCAAUCUUUCAGAUGAUAGUAUCCCAGAAGAUAUUGGUACAUUAUCACAACUGAUUGUGUUAGACCUCGGAGGCAAUGACUUCUGCCGCUUACCAGAAUGUGUCACUAGGUUCCUUGCAGUAGAUAAGUGUAGAAGGCUUCAAUCACUCCCUGAGCUCCCGAAGAGUUUAGUUGAAUUGUCCGCAACUGAUUGCACAUUGCCGAAAAGAAUAUCCGUUGUGUCCAAACUUGAACAACAGCCAACUUUAUUCCUUUCUAAUUGCCACAAUCUACUUGAGAUUCUUGGCUUGGAAAAUUUGAACCUCAGUGGACGUAUACAUAUGGAAGGUUGCAACAAUCUAAAGGAGGCUUUUAAGGAGUCUCUCUUACAGGGCUGUUGUCGAGGUGAAAAUUGCUCGGUUUUUCUACCAGGGAAAGAGAUCCCAAGCUGGUUUAGCCAUCAGAGUGAGGGUCCUUCAUUGUCAUUUGAAGUGCCUUCUAUUCCGCCCUACAAGUAUAAACGAUUCACCGUUGGCGUUGUGUAUGCACAAAACGUCGAGAAGAAUGAGUCCAGAUUUUCUUCCUUAGUUACUUUAGUUGAUAAAACCACAGGCCUUGACUUCACCUUUAGGCCACUUGCCUCUGCCAUUCCAUCUAUUCCUGGAGACCACAUUUCCUUGUUUCAGUUGCCAUCAAAUGUUUGGAAUCAAUUGAAUGAUGGUGAUCAAGUAGAGAUGGCGGUGGAUUUAGGUGAUGGGUUUAUUGUGAACAAGUGUGGGCUUCACCUAGUAUUCGAGCAGGAUGAAAGCGGGGUUACCCAACUCAGUUUGACUUCUUGUGAUGUUCCAGAUAAGAGAAGCCAUGAAGAUGUUGGACACAGCAAUGAUUGGUGCAGUGGGAAUCCAAAUAAAAGAUUGAGACAUGAACAUGGUGUUGAUGCAAGAUUACAUUUUCAUGACAAAGAAGAUAUGGAAUAACACCACCCUCAAAUGAGUCAAAGCUGGCUUUGUCUAAGAGAGCUUGAAAUUAACAACAGUUCUAUUAUGCUAAUACCUGUUCUUUCUGGUGAUUUAGCAUUUUUUUUUUGUUUUGUAAUCGAAUAUGAAGGUCUGAUUUAGUUGAGUUUUGACUAUGGUAUCCAAACAAAGUAGUUUUGGUUGGGAUAA